AUGGCCUUGAUUCCCAAUUUCGGCUUCGACCUCAAGAACCACUCAGCCACGAUUUACGACUCAGGCAACGAGUCCUUCACAGCUAUGAGCAUUGGAAGGAUCGGCAAGCCAAUCGCUGCAGUCUUCAAGCAUCCCGAGGAGACAAAAAACCGAUAUAAGCCAGACAAGAAGGCAAGAUCAAAUUGCAGAGAGGUGACUCUGAAGGGGCAUCCUCCCGUGGCUCAACUCUAUGAGGAUGGAGCCGGCAGAUCCGUCCUGGACGGGGCAGAUAAUGAGUUGCUCGAGGUCGAGCCUGAAGAACUAGAUGAGGUGUUAGAAAGGCGAUGGCUUGGGCUUAGCGGUCAGGACUCCUCCGGAAGGGUGCUACACCUCACAAAGUCGUGUGGCAUCGGGGGCUUGUAUCGCACCUUCCUCAGGGUCCAAGGUCGCUCGGUCCGCACCUUCCCACCUCACUUCGGCUCCUUCCUGCACUACCUGACCUCAGACAUACGGGCGCAUCUCCCCUUCCGACCCAACCUCCCCGCCUCAGUACACGUCAACCCGUCACAACUUUACAACUUCUUCACGCAGAAAGCACCUUGUUCAUUCCUUCAAUUCACCAGCGCGCACUACUCUAAUCUCUCACUUCUUUUCCCCGACGAGCCCAAGCCUUCCAUAAUCUCCGACAUCGCUCAUCGAUAUCACUCACCUCCAGCUUCACAGCUAUUCUUCCACCGAUCCGACGAACUUUCGCGAAUUCUCCUGGUACCUAGACAGAGACACGUCGAGUCCCUUGUUGUCGUAACCAGAGACAGCAUCGCGAUGUACAACUACUGGGAGUGCAACACCUGCAAUCGCGGCUUUGGCAGCGAGCAUGCAGUCCAGCAACACAUGGAUGCACUGGGCCAUUGGGGUUAUGAACAUACACCCCAAUAUCAUAGCCGCCCCAGCUAUGAAUGCAACGAUUGUAACGAUUGGUAUUCCGACGAGCAGGAUCUCCGCGACCACGAGGCCGAGAAACACAACUACUGCGGUCUUUGCGACCGCUAUUUUAACAACCAAAACAACAUCCGGCAGCACUUGAACUCUAGGGUUCAUCGCAGCACCGGCGAUAUCCAGUGCCCCUUCUGCAAGCAGACAAGCAACACUGCAACUGGUCUUAUCCACCAUCUUGAGCGGGGUGCCUGUCCCAACGCCCCUCUGGACCGCGAUAAGCUCUACCAGGCCGUGCGCGCCCGCGACCCCAACGGAGUCAUCUGCAAGAAGCUUUUACAGUGGCACGCAUCUCCUACCUACACCGCCACCGACCGAACAUACAAUGAACACAUCGAUGCUUACGAGUGUUAUCUCUGUCACCGUGCCUUCUCGUCUUUGAGUGGUCUCAACCAGCAUCUCAACUCUCCCGUUCAUCAACAGAAACUCUACCACUGCCCGAACCGUCGUUGCGGUCGCGAGUAUACCACCCUCGCCGCGGUCAUCAACCACCUCGAAAGCGAAUCCUGCGGCUAUAUGCGCUUUAAGGCAGUGCAGAAGAACUGGGCGUACGAUGUGCGAACAUACGAUAUGGAAGCGUGGAGCCGAGAAAUCGUGGCUGCCAAUAUGUUGCAACUGUACAAGCUGAUCACUCUUCCUGUAAUUGAUUCGUUCCCCGGUCACGAUCCGUCAGGCAAUAAGGCACAGGUGCAGGCGGUUCCAAACGAGAUCUGGGCUCGCUUAUCCAUUCGUACCCAUGAUGUUGGGGAAAAUGCGGACUCACACCCUCCGAAAACCAUGCGUAUCCGGAACUGCAAACCGAGUCCAGACGCUAUGGGGCCGUCUGUCAUUGGUGCCAUAAUAAGUCUUUGCCUGAAUCGAGUCCGGUAUCCAAGACAUAUCGCGCUUGCUCCCGCAUUGCCGGGCCCAAUUGGUAACAGAGACCAACGGAGCCCGUUCCUACCAAUACAUUUAAGGCUGAUUCUGUCUGCAUUCGAGGCUGAUGAGGAACAAACGCACAAUGGGGACGUCGAUGGCAACACCGAUACCCCAAAAUCCACGCACCCAACACUCAACACCAUCGAUUUUAACCUCCAAAUUGGCGUUGAAGAAAUUCUCACCGAUGUUGAUCCCGAUGUCUCUCUGGAGUUUUUGCAGAAGGCCGAGGCUCACUCUGGAAAGCCUCCUCCAACGCGCAUAUCGAGAGAGGUGCUCGUCAGCACGCACAAUAACUAUGUUGAGCAGCAACAAAAGUCCGGGCAGCAAACAGGGCCGCGAAUGGUGAAGAAGGUCGUGUUGGCACUGUCAUAUCCGCCGUCUGUCAAGUCUGUGGCGGAUCUCACACCGAUGCGCCUUGACGAGCUUUUGGUAGAGAAUCAUCACGAGGAAAAUUACCUCGUCCUCAGGACAAUCGUUCAGCCCUACCCAGGAGCCGGGACUAUUACCGUCGUCGAAGAUCAACAUGGCAGCGUUGAUAAGAUGGCUCUUUACAAUCAGGGCAACUCUACAAUUUUGCAGUCUAUCCCGGAAGGCUCAAUGGUUCUCGUGAAAGAACCAUAUUAUCGUUUCAGCGGCGACAACGACUUCAUGCUUUGUGUUGACCACCCCUCAGAUAUUGUGCUUCUUCGACCAGGCCCAGACGAUGCGCUCAUCCCAGAGCUUUUCAGGGCGGUGCCAGAGUUCGAGACUGCCGCUGACUGGAAGGCCGCUGGGGAUCGAGCCUUUAUCUCCAAGAAUCUCCCUUUGGCAGUGGCGAAUUACACCAGAGCUCUAGAAUUGGCCUCAGAGAAAGACACCUCCUUCCAGAUUGAUGUUCUAUUGAAACGAGCGGGGAUCAAUCUUACCCUUAAUUGUUUUGACGGCGCACUAUCAGACGCUCUCUCCUCGAGAGGGGCAUCCUCAGACUGGAAGUCGCAUUUCAUUGCGGGCAAGGCGGCUUACCAACUCACGGAUUUCCAGACUAGCAAGCUACACUUCGACUCGGCUCUAGCACUCAAACCCGAGGCAGCCAACAUCCGGAAGGAAUACGAAAGAUGCGAAGCAAGACUCGAGGAAGAAAAAGGCAACUACGAUCUCGCAGAUAUGACAGCGAGUGUCACUUCCAAGAAUAUCCACAUCGACAGAGCAAGCUUUUUGGCACGCACCCAAGUCAGAGACUCACCACACCACGGGCGCGGCCUCUUCGCCACAGAAAACAUCAAGGCCGGGGAGAUGGUAUUCGCAGAGAGAGCAACAAGUGUUCCUAACGAAUUCAAUCCAGAACACAACGCAGCUGCAGCAUACGCCCAGCUCGUGGAGUUGUGCACAGAUAACCCAACAAUUCACAAGAAGGUUCUAGACCUUCACGGAGGGUCCUACAAGCGCACCGGCCAAGAAGGCACACUUGUCGACGGCAGACCAGUCAUCGAUGUCUUCCUUCUCGAGUCUAUCCGCCGCAAGAAUUGCUUCAGUGGCGCCCAGGUGUCGGCGCAGGCCGCGAAUUCAGAAUGGAACAUGUGGAAGCAGGGCAUGUCGCGCGGGCUCUGGGUGUAUUCGGCCUAUGCCAACCACGCGUGCCUUCCCAAUGCUAACAGGUCCUUCAUCGGAGACAUCCUCAUCGCCACGGCUACUGUCGAUAUCCCUGCCGGCACUGAGAUUACACAUAUUUACCUACCUCCUAAGGCGGCGUACCUCCAUCGAAUGCCGCAAUUCCGCCGCAGCUGGGGUUUCGUCUGUAGCUGCGCCCUCUGUGCCGGUGAAUCCGGGUCCUCGACGGAGCAGCACCAGAAGAGGAAUACUGUUCUUGCAGAGAUCGAGGCCCUCAUCAGGAGAAAGCGUCCAACCAAGUUCUACCCCGACGCGAUGAUUCGACAGGUCGAGAGGUUCGCAAACAAGCUCUCUGAUCUUCAUGAGAAAGAGGUCUACGAUGACCUUUCAUUACCGCGCCUCAUGCUCGUCUGGCCGACGAUGUGGCUCGUGGAAGUAUGGCACACCAGGAAGCAAUGGAAGAAGGUCGUCAAGUGGAGUAGUGAGGUUUUCCGCAACUUUGGCUUCGUCGACCCGGUGAGAGAGGGGAGGCUGUGGAUGUAUAAGGACACGCAGGCGGUGACGACGUUUGAGGUCAUAAGGGCUUUGAAAUGGUCGGCCGAGGCCUACACCGCACUGGGCGAAGGGGCAUUGGCGAGAGAUUGUUUGGAUGCUGCGAGGACUGGGUUGAAGACCAUGGUCGGGUUUGUCACAGAAGACACAUUUGCAGCGUUCAACGGCCUUCCGUCCUAUCACAUUCUUUGCUUACCUCUCAAGUCCGGACGUUCCGCUCCCUCGGUAACUUACGGGAUAAGAAACAUCAGAGGCUUGGCAAACGGCGCUCUUCUUGGCAUCGCGGACGUUGAGCAUGAAUCAGGGCAUAGCGUUAUCGCUGCGAAGAACCCCUUCUUGGCACUUCAAGGUUUUCAGCUGUGUGAAGUCUCCCAGCCAUCAGCCUGUGAGACUGUUGUUUUUCCCCAAAGCUGUGAGCACGUGGGACGCCAGGAAUUGAGUUUCGACGUGUGUUAUGGGCCCUUUGAGCACAGAAUUGAAACGAAAGAGUUGCACCGCAUUCGUUUCUCCAACGUUGUUACCUGCGAGAGUCCAUUCCGGGAAUCUUCGAGCUCGGCGCAAGGAAGCAUCACAUUCCCCGCGCGUUCAACCUCCACUCACCACCAACAACACCAGCCAACUCUACAACAUCACCUCCGAUCCCUCACAAAUGGCCCCGACAGACCAGGAAAUAGGUCGCCCAAGAACACUUCUGCCAUCGAUGCUUGGCUUCCCCCACCUCGUGGGAGGUCGGUCAGCACUUCUUCGGACAACGCCGAUCUCAAUCCUCGUGAUAAGUUCGGUUUUCUUGCUGCUGUGAAUGUGAUGAGUGAACCGGGCUCCCCGCUGACGCUCUUCCCUUCCCCAAAGUCCUUCCAUGCCGGCCCCGGGAAUAGGAGGUUUAAAUCGACCACCCACGAUGUCUUGGCUCGUGUAUAUCACCACAACUCCCGCCUCUCACAUUCCACGAUGUCCGCCUCUGCCCUCGCCCUGGUCCUCUUGGCGUCCGCGCCCUUGGCCACCCUCGCCCAAACCUUCCAACGCCUCGGCGCCUGCCCAGACCUCGGAUGCGUUUUCCCGCCCGACCAAGCCCAUUUCCUCCCCGGCCAAAACUUUGACAUCCGCGUCGAGAUCCACGCGCCGGUUAACGGGACCGAGGCCUUCAACGACGGCGUGCCGGACCCGGAGUUCACCCUCACGAUUGCGAGCAAUAGCGAGCCCGAGGGCAAGUCUGUCGUCGAUUUCUUUGGGAUCGAGAAGGAGCCUGAGCUGGAGACGUGGGCGUUCUCGUGGUAUGAGGAUCUGUUUGCGCAGGAUGCGGGGAAUAAGUCUGUGGUGAAUGUGGCGUCCAAGGCUUACCGUCACUUGUCACUGUACGAGCCGGGGAACUACACGGUUGAGUUGAACUAUUACAACGGCACGAAGAAGACCCUGACGGAGUGGCUUGUUCGUCCUCUUGCUGAGGAGAAGAAGGCCAAGAAUGUGAUUUUGUUCAUCGGGGACGGUAUGACGACGAACAUGAUUACGGCUGCACGCUUGUUGGGUCACAAGAGCGUGAAUGGAAAGUAUCAGUCGAGGAUGCAGAUGGACCAGUUCCCUAUCUUGGGGCAUCAGAUGACACAUUCCGUCGACAGCUUCAUCACUGACAGCGCCAACUCUGCGUCCGCGCUAUACUCUGGCCAUAAAGGCACAUCGGACUCCAUGGGUGUGUACUCCGACUCAUCGGCAGAUGACUUUGACGACCCCAAGGUCGAGACGAUUGUAGAGAUGGUAGUUCGCGUAUGGGGAUCCGCUUGGGGCGCCGUGACAACUGCUGCCCUCGACGAUGCCACUCCAGCAGCAUUGACCGGUCACAGCAGAUCUCGAUCCAACGCCGGCUCUCUCAUCGAUCAAGCCCUCAAUGGCAUGACGAACUACUCUUGGAGCAGCCACCCCGGCCCAGACGUCUACUUCGGCGGCGGUGCCUCGACUUUCCUCCCCGGGGCAACCUCGUACCAGAGCAAGGACUACUACGAAGAAUUCCGCAAGCAAGGCUACUCCGUCAGCUGGAACGCCACGUCUCUUCGCGAAGCACCCAUCGAUUCCCCGGCCCUCGGCGUCUUUUCCACCUCCCACCUGCCCGUCUGGCUCGACAGGAAGAUCUUCAAAGACAACAUCGCCGCACUCAAGACCCACCCCUCCGGAGACGGCUCCGCGCCGCUCGAUCUCCCAGGCCUGAAAGACAUGACUCUCAAAGCCGUCGAUAUCCUCCUCGAGCGCAGCAACGACACGGGCUUCUUCCUCAUGUCCGAGGGCGCCUCGAUCGAUAAGCAGAUGCACGCGCUAGACUACGACAGAGCCCUGGGCGACCUCCUCGAAUUCGACGACACGAUCCGCGCGACGGUGAAGAAGCUCAGCGAGGCAGGGGAGCUCGAGAACACGCUCAUCGUAGUGACGGCCGACCACGGUCACGGCUUCGACGUCUUUGGCGUCGCUGAUACGAAGUACCUCGCCGCACAGGACACGGACCGCAAGAAGCGCGACGCGAUUGGCAUUUAUGAGCGGUCUGGCUUGUCACAGUAUACCGUUUCCCGGCCAGACGGUAUCGAGUACGGUACUGGUCCUAACUUCCCGUCCAACUGGAGCCCGCGGUACGCUAUUGCGCCUGCGUUCGGUGCCAACCCGGAUCGGAAUGAGAAUUACCAGCUGCACGAGAGCCCCCGUCGGGUGGCGGUGAGCGGUGAGGACGGAUACGUUGCGAACCCCGAAGAUGGCGAGGAUGGUUUCUUCGUUCCGGGUACCAUCCCGACGUCAUCUUCGUCAGGUGUCCAUUCCCUGACUGAUGUGCCCGUCUUCGCUAUGGGGCCCUGCCAGGAGACGUUUGCGGGUGUGUACGACAACACGGAUGUCUUCUUCAAGAUUGCUUCUUGUCUUGGGCUUGGACAGUCUUCACCGACACCCAAGAGGAAGUGA